UUAAUGUCUCUGUGUAGUGUUUGCCUGCAGUUACUACAACUGCUGGUUUAAUAGGAAGGAUUAUAGUUAUACCUUUGUAAUCAUUACAUUUUCGGACUGAUGUUACAGGUUAUUGAGUAGCUGUUAUUAUUUAAAACACUUCGUAUUGUUCCAAUUUACUGAUAGGUGAAGCACUCUAUCUCUAUUUGAGUGGAUUAACAGGUUUCGUACGCCAUGUUUAUUAAUUGUAUGAAAUGUUAACACAGAAAUUGGGUACGGCAGGAAACUUCACUUCCAUAAAGAGAAAUCGACUACAUCUUUCAUAUGAAGACCUAUAUGCCUGGAGUUAUAUUCAAGUGUUAUAGUAAGAAAUUAUUAAGGUUCAAUUACAGAAAUGGAAGAAGCAGAAGUUUCAAAUAGGGAGAAGAGUGUCGUCGUUUGUCCAGUUAAUUACAAACAAGUUGCGAAAUGGAGAAUGGUAAUCAAUAUCCGGUGAUGCUGAAGAACUGUACAGAAGUUCACAUUGGACCGAGAAUAGAAAUUAAUUUUGAAGAACCGAAUGCAAGUCGCUUAAAGAAAGAAGAUGAAGAAAGUAAUGAAAUGUUCAACAGUUGCUGCCAUAUGUUGAAAAACAAAUACAAGACCUACUUUUCUUACAUGAGAUCCUAUUUGUGGGAAGGCAAGAGGAACGAUUUUCCAUUAAAGGAUUAUUUCAUAGAAUUGAGAGUAGAAAAGGCAGAUUUAUUUGGCAAGAAAAGCGGAGAGAAAAUAAGCUUAAAUGAGAUAUUUUCUAUAAAACAAGAUGGACACCAAACUAUUUUAGUAACAGGAGAUCCCGGUUAUGGCAAAACCACUAUUUGUAAAAAAAUUGUGUACGACUGGGCAACCACGAAUUACCUCAAACACUUUGAUUUAACUUUUAUUGUAAUUUUAAGAGAAUUAGGCGAUAGAAGUGUAAAGGAUGCAUUACUCGAUAAUAUGCAUGUAUACUCGUCAAUUAAUAAAGAUUGGAAAUUUCAAGACAGACAACGGAAUAUUUUAGUGAUUUUGGAUGGGUUAGAUGAGAUUGUAGAUAAAUCUAAAAUUCUAAAAUUUAUAAGAGAGGAAUCAUUUUUUAUUUCUCGUCGAACGACGAUUGUGGUUUCCAGUCGACCCGAAGCAGCAGAAGACAUCAGGGAAGAUAUGAACAUGAGGUUUUCCAUAGAAGGAUUUUCUCCAGAAUACCAAGAAAAAUACAUUCAAUUAAUGUUCAGAGAAGACAAGAGUAAAGCGUAUAUACUUUAUUCUGUACUGAAAGAAAACGAGUUUUACAGUAAAAUGGCAGAAUGUCCUCUGAUGUUGCACAUGUUUUGUUGCCUUCAUCAGAAUGGAAAGAUAACAGAGAUUGAAAAGAUGACAGAUUUAUACAUCCAAAUAUUUUCUCUCAUAACCGAACGUUAUGUUAGAAAAACAAAUCAGCAGAACAAGUUUAAAAGAGGAAAAUUUUUUGUGGGAGAAAAUUUGCUAAUGAAAUUGGGAGAAGUUCACUUUAUCACCUCAGAACGAUUGAGGAAUUAUUUUCCAAAUGAAGAUGAAUAUAAUUUUAUUAUCGGACUUGAUAUUUUGACUCUCGAUUCCUUUUCUGAAUGCGAUAAUAUAAUUCGAUAUAGGUUUGUACAUCGCACAUUUGCCGAAUUUCUAUCAGCAUUAUCAAUGUACGUUAGUUUUCAAUCUACUAAUCUAUGUAUGAUCUCACCUGCAAAUAGUAUAAUUGGUAUGAAAUUCUUAUUUUUAUUAGGAUUUUAUAAGGAUGAACCUUUACCCGAAAGGUUUUUAACAUACGUAGAGAAAGAAAUGUUUAAGCCUCAAUUCAUGCUUGAAGUUCACAAACAAAUGAAACUGAGAACGAACUGGAAACAAUUUUGUUCUCAUGCAAAAGUGAUAUUUUAUUCUUGGAAAGAUCGUCGUUCUUUAGAAGAACUAUUAAAGUUCUGUAAAUUGAAAGAAAUAUAUUUUUAUUUCCUUGAGAGAGACAGUGGACGUUUUGAAGAUCAUAAUUACUCAAUUUACUACUUAAUUAAGGAUAGUUUACAGCAUAGUAUGAAGAUUUAUCUUAUACUCUCGCUUGAAAGAUUGCCUAGGGAAAAUAUAUACGACAUCAGAGGACCUAUUUCACGCAUUCUCGAAUUGUAUUAUGAAAUGGACACAAGUAAUGUGGACGUUUUUCUUAUUGGCGUAAGUAAACCUUUGGAUGAUUCAUUCGAUACAUUCACGAAUGUAAAUUUCAAUUUAAAUUUAUCUGACGACAUGCGGAAAUUAUUAAAAGUAAGUAAACGCGAAAAAUUGGUUGCAUUAGAAACUGGGGACGAAUUAAAAGUUACCGGCAGUUACAUUCUUUCUUUGAAACAAUACGAAAGUAUACGUCGUCAUAUUCUAUGUAAAUCUGCGAGUAAACACAACUCAAAAUGUGUCAUGAUGUAGACGAGUAUUGAAAUAAGAGAAUAGUAUAAACUCUAUUUAAAAAAUUACAUGUAUUUUUCAUGUAAUGGCGAAGUUCAAUGUAAUGAUAUGGGGGCUGAAAGCUUAAUAUAUCACACUCGUCAUACAAUACAUUAGGCGUAUAUAUUAAAUAAAUGUAAUUGUGUACACGAAAAACUUUAAAUUUUAAAUUGUUUUCAUUUUCAAAAUAUUUAUGCACAUUAUUCAGUGUCGUUUUACGGUCAAAUCAUGCGGCAUGAUUUUUAAUAAUAAAAAAAAUGUAGUGUAUUGAAUUAUUGUUCCAUUUAAGGGUAGAAAUGGAAAUGAAAUUUCUAUUGUCUGUUAAACAGUACGGUAAACACGAACGUUUGCUAUUGCAAAUACUGUAUUGCGAAAUAUACUGUUCCUAUAUUAAAUUAGGAAUUAAGUCACCAAAUUUGAAAUUUUU